UGGCUCUAUGCCAGAGCGUCAGUCCCAUCGCCUGCUCUGUGAGCGCCAACAUGUAUCUCGUCCUCUCAAUUGCAGGAUUAUUUCUGAUUCUACAAAAUGUCAAUUGCCAAAUUAAAGAUGCAGCGCUCCAGGACACGGUGCUUAAACUUCACAAUGGAUAUAGGCGGCUUCAAAUGGCUUCUGACAUGAAGAAACUGGUAUGGGACCCAAAUCUGGCCUCGGAAGCCGCGGCAUGGACCAAAAACUGUAUAUACGAGUUUCGGUACGGCAGCUACGGGGAAAACAUGUAUUAUUUUGAGUCCCGACUUCCAGACAAUGUACUGGUCGAACGCGCCGUAGACGCGUGGUACAGUGAAAGGUACUCAUGGCGCAUGUCCGGGGAUUGCGCGGAGGCUUGUAGUUACACACAGCUUGUUUGGGCAAAGACGCAACGUGUAGGAUGCGCAAUACAGAAAUGCACAGAGCUAACAAUGCCAGAAGAAUUCAUCCCAGCCGCAUGGUUCAUCUACUGUCUGUACGAUCCAAAAGGAAACACAUUUGGAGAUCUUCCAUACUCAAGGGGUGGUGCAUGUGAGAAGUGCGAAGCCAAGGAAGUUUGCUCCGACAAGUUAUGUGCAGAUAAAUAUGCACCAACCACUCCACAACCAGUAAAAACCACACUUCCCCCUACGUUGCCACCAAGUAGACAAAUAUCACGUGGUUCACAAUCCUCAAACACGGAAAUGACGCAACUGGAACUCCAGCAUAGAACAGCGCUGGAGAAACAACAAGCUCUUCUAGAGGAAACGUUAAAGAAACAGAGGGCGCUAGAAGAGCAGCUUCGCACUCAACAGAAGUUGAUAGAACAGACACUGAUGGUGGGGAAGAGUCAGACCACCGCCAAACCAAUCGUGAAGUGGAACAAAGGCCUGCCUGCAGAUCGCAGGUCAGAGCUGGAUCAAGGAAGCACCAACACUAGAAAUGGGAUGCUGUCUUCGUCAAUGCUUGGGACGCGCAGCGGACCGACGGACGACAAGACAGAAUUUGGCAGACGGCAAGUUCAAAUGUCUUCAGUAAGCGACAGAGAUUCUCGCCGGAAGCCUGUGACCGACGUCCAGGAGGCGUCUUUCUUUUCCUUUCACCGUCCUCGAAAUCAGUUUUCCUCCGUGCGACUUUGGCAACCAACCACGACACGUGCGCCGCUGUUUGUCCUGAACCCCCAGCCCCAAAUGUCGUCUUUACAGAAAACCGUCACCAGCAUGAGGCCGCUUAAGCCCAAUAAAAACAGGGUCUCUUUCACCAUAGGUAGCGGAAACACAUUGAAAUUCAACUACAAACCGAACUCUGCCCUAGUUACGAAGUCUCAAAGAGAAAGGGCAAUAAAAGACAGAAGGGUUAAAGCGAUCCCUAGAGAAAACGCUCGUCCAUCUAUAAGUUUAACUGACUUUAAGUCGCGAAAACCAGAAUCUGCGCUGCCCAACCAGAACAAGUUAGAUUUGUCCGCUUCUGACAACUUUCGUUUCGGGGGUGCUAGAUCAUUUGAGAGACAGCUAGCGUCCACUGGCAACUUGCGAUCCAAGGAGCGACAACAUUCGUCGCUGAGUAUCUACAAGGCCCACUCUUCUAGUCAGAUCUCUAUUUCCGAUCAGAAACAAACUGCAUCCAGUGGCGGACAAUCCUUGGGGAGAGGGCAAUAUGAGGUCAACAGUCUUCAAUCACAAACAACUAAGCAAAAUUCUGUUUCAGACACCACCUUGAAGCGACAAACGUCUUUAACAAGCGAUCGGCAAUCCCAGAAGCGCCAAAGCCCGGAUUUCCGGUCACGCACUGUAUUCACUUCACGAACAAAAGCACCCUCUACUACCACCCCUUCCUAUUUACCCGCAUCCCCUACUCUACCUCCAACCAAAAUACCGCCGGACUGUGUAGACAAGGAUGUUUACUGUCCAUACUGGAAGGUGUACUGUGAUAACAAUUCCUACGUGUUUGAGAACUGUCGGCGGACGUGUCGGUCAUGCUACGUCCCACCUCCUCCCAUAAUUCCACAGCCUCUACCAGAAACAUUGACCUCCUCCAAUAUCAACCAGCAGCAGUACCAAGAGACUUCACAACAGACCCAACAAUCUAAAAAUCAACAAACCCAAGAUAACACACAGCAAUACAUCCAACAAACAAUUAUACAGGAACAACCUAACGUAAUACAGAAUGUUCAAUUGGACCAAAAAUUUCAGCAACAGCCAAUCCAAUUAAGCAACAAUCAACAGACCCAGCAGCAAUACAUGAUGCAGCAAUCUCAGUCAGGCUUCCAACAAGAACCGCAAAUAAUUCAGCAACCUCAACCUCUCUAUCAGCAACCGCAACCUCAGGUGUAUCAACAGCCGCAACCUCAGAUAUAUCAACAGUCAGGUUUUCAGCAGUAUCAAGGCCAGCAAAGUAUGCAACCACACACGGGCUUCAACCAGCAACAGUCAUAUGAUUACGUUCAACCAACAUCAGCUAUCCAGUCAUGGCAUGGCGGCAUGAUUGGUCAUCAGGGUAACCAUGGUAACAAUAUGCUUGUAGGUUUUCAACAAACAGACAAUCAAAUUCAACAAAAGCAACAAUUCACAGAACCUACAACUCCCAAACCAACACAAACAAUACGUUUAGAGUUUCGUGGACAUACUCCAGCUACAGCAAGUUUCAAAAAACAGCCAAUUAAACGGCGGGAACCAUCAGGGGAGAUUAGCCCGUACAUUAAGGUGCAGGAGCCAUUACCUGAGGGCGUGGAACUAAGGACAACAACACCUACAACUACUUCAACGACAACAACAACAACAAAGCCGCCACCAACCCGUCCUCCGACACGCCCACCCACGCGACCCCCGACACGCCCACCGACCACACAUCCUCCGCAAUUCUAUAAUCAGGGAGCAUACGGCAUCAACCAUUACUACCCUAACACCAAUAUGUAUAACAACUACCAAGCUCAGAAUAUCCAUUAUCAAAAUACAAACUCACAAUUGCACCAAGCCCAUCAAAACAAUCACAUACAGACAAAUCAAGUCUACAACCAGAACAGUUACCAACCAAACUUUGCUACCCGCCAACAGAUUUAUAUGCAGACGACACCAUCCCCUAUGAUUUAUAACCAACAGUUGAUACAGCAAAACACACCAGCGCCAAUUAUCUUUCAACAGCCUCAGAGACAGCAACAAAACCCGCAGGCAAUAAACAACUUUUUGGGUCAGUCUCCGCAAAUUCAGGUACAGUCUCUUGACUUAAACGCGCCGAUCCGUUCUCCGGUAACGUAUCCAAACCCCGCUAUUUUGUCCCCUAAUCAACAACAAUCCAAUAUCAACAUACAAUACCAGCAGCAGGUUCAGCAACCAAACCAAUUUGCAAACGCACCGGCGAACCAAAACGUGCAAUACCAGCAACAAAAGUCUGAUGACUUGUUUAGAAGUGCUCUAAUGAGAGCAAACUUUGGUCAAGCCAACAUUAACCUAGCAAGUAACCUCGGGACUCAGCCAGGCCAGUACCAACGCGUACAAGCGUCAAGUGACGUCAGUUGGUACUACACGGUGUCCACGCGGCCACCAAAUGUCGUCCCCACAGAGCCCUAUCCCACGAAACCUCUCUUAGACCUAAAUUUAAAACUUUAUGAAAACCCAAACGUUGUUGUACAAACGAACUCUUCGACGCCUUCGCAAUCGCAGCCUGUUGCAUGUGUAGAUGUGGACGCCCGAUGUCCACAAUGGACACAGUGGUGUGGUAUUGAUCAAUAUGUGGACAAUAAUUGUAGAAAAUUGUGUAAAAACUGUAGGUGAUGUUUGGGCUAUAUAAUCUGAUAUAAGGUACCUCCCACUAUAGGUCAUUCAACGAGAAGUUCAUGUUUGGGCGGAGUUAUCGCCUCCUUUCCAACCCAGAAUCAUCACCUCGGACCAAGCGAUCGAGCGAUUUUGAAGACGAUGUAUUUUUACCAGAGAGACGUUUGCAAGCUCAUGUGUGAUUGUUUGUGCCUUCAAUUUUUUUUUACCAUAUGUCAUUUAUUUUUUAAUUCAAAGAUUGUUUUAUAAUUUCAUGGGUCUGUUUUAUUGCUUAAUUUGAAAAUGAGACUUAAUAUUGAAGUUAUUUACGGACUGAUUGUACUGAUAGAUGCUUCCAUAUAUGGAAUACCCCCUGUCUCUGACUCUCUUGGUUUCUAGAUGUGAUAUAGUGCUAAGUUUUCUUGUAAAUAUACAAGUGAAGUUAUGAAUAUGCCUUCGCUUUGAUUGUUUGCAUUCAUUAUUUUGUUAAUGGUGUUACUAAUAAAGAAUAAGUUGAC